AUGUCGGCGUCCCUCACCAAGGUCCUGCAUAGGAUGCAGGAGCUCUUUUCCAACGUCGUCGCCGCCUUAGAAGCUAUGCUAUUGUUUCCAUCACUCUUCCGGGAUUCCUCUGGCAAGAGGAAAUCAUUCCACCGGGCAUCUUGGCGCCGUCGCACUCUCGGUGACCUGGCUGACGAAGUCGACCAUGUGUUCACAGCCCCACUGUCCAUGCAGAACAUGGCCGUGAUGUCCGAAAAGAUCCGUGAACAGCUUCGAAUUUGUCUCCAGUCGAGUCCGGUCAGCAUGUUGCCAUCGUACAACCAUGCGCUGCCAUCAGGAACGGAGAAGGGAACCUUCCUGGCCCUCGACGUCGGAGGCUCCACCUUCCGUGUGGCUUUGAUUGAACUUCGCGGAAACGGCGACAUGGACAUUCUCCGGGUCAACUCGUCCCCCAUCGACGAGCAGGUCAAGCUUUUGGAGGGAACCCUAUUCUUUGACUGGAUGGCGGAGAAGAUCGAUUCGAUGCUAUCCCAGGUCGGCGCACAGUACGGUCGAGAAUCGGCGCCAUUGUCCAUGGGCUUGUCAUGGUCAUUCCCAGUGGAGCAAACGUCCAUCAACAGUGGGUUGGUGAUUCAAAUGGGCAAGGGCUUUUUGUGUUCGAAUGGUACUGUGGGACAGGAGCUGGGAGAUCUGAUUGUCAAGUCGUGUCACAAACGUAGUUUGAACCUCCAAAUGGGUGCCAUUGUAAACGACAGUUCUGCUACUCUUCUUUCUCGUGCCUACGUGGACCCCAAGACCCGCAUGUCCCUGAUUCUUGGAACGGGAACCAAUAUGGCGAUUCAUUUCCCGACCCGUAGCUGGUUCGACUACGCCAAGCACGUCAUCAUCAAUAGCGAGCUGAGCAUGUUCGGUGGCAAGGUUCUCCCCAUGAGCCGAUGGGACGAUGUUAUCAACCGCACCCAUCUUCGACCCGACUACCAACCAUUAGAAUACAUGAUCACCGGGCGCUACCUGGGCGAAAUUAUUCGACUGAUCAUCGUGGAAGCCGUGGAGACCGCACACUUGUUUGGCGGUGAACUCCCUCGCUCCAUGCGCGAUGCCUAUUCGUUCGACACGAGCAUCGUCGCUGCCAUUGAGGCCGAUUCGUCCGCAUCAUUUUCGUCGUCGGCGGCUCUCCUCCAGAAGGAGCACACAUUCCACCGUGCCCCCUCCGUGGAUGACCUCAAGUUCUUACGCCGUAUCUGUGAGAUUGUUUCGAACCGCUCCGCGGGAUACCUGGCAACGGCCAUCCACAGCAUGUGGUGUUUGCGCAACGAGGCCGAGUUCCCCGAAGUGACCGCCUCUGCAACAUCUUCAAUCAAGGAGACGCAAGAGGUGACGGUGAUCGAGAGUGAACAUCCCCAGAGUUUGACCAUUGCAUGCGACGGCAGUGUCAUCAACAAGUAUCCCGGCUUCCGGAAUCGUUGCCAGGGUUACAUCAACCAGCUGUUGCAGGAGACGAACGCUUCGAAGGGCACCUUGGACGCAACUCCCAGCCCCUCCGUCCGCCUCGAACCCGCCGCGGAGAGUGGGAUCCUCGGUGCGGCGGUUGCGGUUGCGGUCGCUGUGGCCGAGAAGGCAUCGACGUGA